AUGGCUGACAAUCCUCCUCAGGGAGGCAACGACCCAGACCCAGAAGUUGUGGAGGAAAACCAACAACAACCUGCGCUAGCAGGAAAUGAUGAUGAAGCCGCGCAAGCCAAUCAACAAGGCGGACAACAGGCCAACCCUCCGGUUCCCGAUCUCCUAAACAACUUGAUCGCAGCAGCAGCCGUUGCUGCAAACCCAUUCAAUCAACAAGGUCAACAACAAGGUCAGCAACAAGGUCAGAACGCCGGUCAACCGCAAGGUGGAACCAACAAUGCUGCGAAUCUACUAGGGCAGCUAUUGGCUCAUCCACAAGGAAUGAAUCUACUAGGUCAGCUCAUCACAAGUGCGACCAAUCCGAAUGCGACCACUCCGACUACCCAUACUCCCCAAUAUGGAGCGUUUCCAUCGACUUCAGGAACUACUCCUAUCGACAUUGGAACUUCCUACGGCAUCAAACAGUACUCAAAGGCAGUCGAUUCCCUCUACUCUAGUGGUGAAGACAAGUUUGAUUUGCAACCAGCAAGACUACUAAAUUUCAUCGAGAGAAUCCAAACUAGAGCCCUUGAGGCGGGAUGGACCAUCAUCUUCCAGGUUCAAAACUCCGCAAGAAACAACGCCACUGACGACUUCCUGCAACUCCAUGGACAGAUCUCUAUCGAAGAUGUUCGACGCCAUGAGCAAGCCUACCUUGUUCAAGCCGACAGCCGCAGCAAGCAAAGCUCUCUCCACCUGCAGCUCUGCAUCUACAAGUCGCUCACGGAAUCUGCCCAAGCUAAAGUCUUACGGGACAAAAAUCUCUUCACCAUGAAUGGAAUGAGAGGCGGAUUGGCGUAUCUGAAGGUGGUCCUCCUGAGGACAACUCCCGCCAGCAACUCCAAUGUGAAUCACAUCCGACGUCAACUUGCAAAACUUCCCGAGUACAUGACCAAGGUUGGAUCAAACGUUGAAAAGUUCAAUCUUCACGUUUCCGAGCAACUUGAGAACCUUGCCCACUAUGGGGAGGAGUCCAAGGAUGUACUGAUCCACCUGUUUGAAGGGUACAAGGCAGCAUCUGAUAAGUCAUUUGUUUCAUACAUUGAGAGGAAAGAAGAAAAACAUGAGGACAACUCCGAGCCAACCAAUGAACCCAAGCUCAUGCAAGACGCCGAAAACUAUUACAAGAAUCGGUACAACAACUUCUAUGCCUAUUGUGCCCAAUGCGCCGAAGCCAACCAGGACGACGACCUCUUUGAAGAAGACCUUGAAGCACCUACAGCAAUGGAGGCAGCGAUGGUCAGUGAUGACAAGCAUGACAAUGACAAAAUCACGACACCAACUUCCCAUCGAGAGGGAGAAUCUAAACCAUCUGAAGAUGAUCCCGAACCUCCAAUGCGUCAAACACCAAUGACUUUCGACCUCAAUAUGGACAAAAACAAAAGUUCAGCAGCAGUACAGAUUGAGGACAACGAAGAGGACACUCAAAAACAAAAUCAUGCAGCUGAGUUCCUCAAGUACCACCACAAGUUCAAUCACUGUUUGCCAGCCAAGAUCCAAGCAAUGGCAAAGAAAGGUGAGCUCCCAAAAUACUGUAUGCAGUGCUUGCCAAUUUGGAAAGGCAACCAGAAGGCCGUGGCACACCAAGAACAAGAAGAAUGGUCGCAAAGCAAAAACUGCAACAAGACCAGGACAAGUGAACGGUACAGAGUUGCAACCGUUUAUGUCGACCAAUACUCCAAGUUCAGCUAUGUGCACUUCCAGAAGAGCACAUCCGUGGAAGAUACGCUGGUAGGCAAGGAGGUAUUCGAGCGACUUGCUGCAACCUAUGGGAUCCAAGUCCAACACUACCAUGCAGACAACGGAACGUUCGUCGCGAAAGGGUGGAUUGAUGAGUGUCACCCGAAGAAGCAGUCCAUCAGCUUUGCAGGAGUCAAUGCACAUCAUCAGAACGGAAGAGCUGAAGCAAGGAUCAAGCAUAUCCAAGACAUGGCACGUACCCUGUUGAUUCAUGCGACAAAGCGAUGGCCCGAGGCAAUCAAUGCUCAUCUGUGGCCCUUUGCAGUCCGCAUGGCAAAUCUCUCGAUCAAUAUAUCUGGUCCUUCGUCUUGGGAGUUGGGUUUUUAUUCAACGUUGUAG